AGAGCCCUCGACACCCUGUCUCAGUCCUUGGAGGAGUGCCGCUCAGUCCUUCGACGCCUCUAUCCAAAUCACGAUGUGUCUACUCUCCUGCCAUUGACCACGCAGGAGCUUAUCGAGCUCUUGGCCCAACCGCAAAGCAGAAGUGACGCUGCUCUACCCUCACCGCCCCUCGAAACCGCGUUUCUGAAGCAAGAGACAUCACCCACGCAGUCCGAGCCAAUGCUACCACUGCCAUCGUCUCUAGAGGCCGAUCUUGACACACUGAUUGGAGAACUCGAGUUUGAGAUACCAUCCGAGCAAUUCGAGGGUGAGGGGAUGGCAAGCCUCCUCACCCAACAAUCGUGGUGGGACUUCAAUGCGAAGCAAUGGGACUCAGUGCAAGCUCCAUCUUUCGGUGAGGGUCAGGUAUACGGUGCUGGGGUUGCUGGACCCUCGAUCCCAACUCAGAACUCGGUAUACAAGGACGAGCACAGCAUCUACUGCUCACUUGUGUUCCGAGGGUUCGCUCCUUCUUCUUCUACCUACGCCUUCCUCCCAACGAACCAGCAGCAUUACUCAUCCACCAACUCCAGAAAACACUGCCUCCUUGUCGGCUUGGACCAUAUGGAACAUACUCUCAUUUGCAACAACCUCCAGUGCCGGCAGGAGCUCAGAGAGAACGCUCUUGCAACAACAUGCAGUCACAUCUUCUGCAUUGAGUGCGCUGAGCGACUGGGGUUCGCUGGACAAGAAACGGAACGUCGCAACACGUGCCCUGCCUGUCACUCACAGUUCAAAAACCCCGAUGAUGCCGUCAUCGUGAGCCUCAACCCAAGCGAAGAAUACAAGACGACUAUAUUGAGCGGCCUGAGUCCCAACGUUGUCAUGGAGUGUGCUGGUCGAGCCCUCAGCUUUUGGGCCUACCAAACUACUCAAGACAUGUACUACCAACAGUACCUCUACAAGACGCUUACGGAAAAGUACUCCGCCCUCACCGUUCAGUUCGAAAAGACUGUGAGCGAUGCAACCACAGAAAUCGACGGGCUCCAGCACAAGUUGACGGGCAUGACGGCGGAGCAAGACGCCUUGAGACGCAAAAACGAAGAGAUCGGCCAAGCAUUCAAAGAAAAGUCUCGCAAGGUCCUUCAGUUACAAGAGCUCUACGAUAAAGUCAAGAGAAGGGCUGAACUCGGCCAAAUCCGGAAAGCAGCAUCGGCUGCUGUUGACCUGACCCUCGAGGCACCACCUCAGCUUAAUCAAGACAUUGCAGGAAAUAACGGAGUGCCCGAAAGCGAUAAUACCCCUGCGUUCAACCAGCGCCGAGCCAACGGCUUGGGUAUGAACACCGGCAUGCCUCGAAGCUACCCAGCCGUCACGAGGGAGGGCACUCUUUGGCCGCGAAUGGGGGGCACAUCUCGCUGUAAGUGCUAUCGGGCUAUGGGCACUUAA